UAAAAUCCUGCUCCCCAAGAAGACAACCCCUUCAGAGACCUUCAAAGGUUGAAUUUUCUGUAGCUGGUAAUUCAUUCAAGAGAAGAAAGGAUAAUAAAUAGCAUUUUAUUGAAAAAUAAGAAGAACAUUCCAUUAAUGAGCAGAGAUCUGUCUUAAAAAUACAGAACCAAACCAUAAUAUUAUCAACUAAAGAGAGAGGAGUUACAACUUUUGGUGUCCUAUCGCCUCGAAAUAAACUGGUAAAUCCAAUAGAGGUCUCUAGAAAUCUCCCCAGUAUCCAUACCAAAGUCAUGAGUCUUGGGCAACUUGAUACCAGAAGGAAAUAUAAAGGUAAACGUAAUGCCUUCCCCCCGAUGAGCCAGAAUAAACUUUCUGAUGGAGGUUUCUCCAGGGAUAAAUCUCCUCCUGUGUCUGCUAUAAAAUCAAUCAAACAUAAAAUAAAACAGCUCAAGACUCUCAAGAAGAAGUGAAAGAAAAACUACCAAAAUUUAAGCAUUAGUAAAUAAACUUAAAAACUGCAAGAAGGUCAGUAUACUUCAUGGAUCUGGGGUUGAUAAGAAUCUGUUCUCUCAAAAUUUGAGCAUUGACUUAUCCCAAAAGCAUCAUAAAUCUCCAGAUAAAGUCAGGAGAGUUAUAAUUUCUAAGAUUAAGAACAAGACGAUUGAAUUAGCUAAGAAUAAGCAAGAUUACAUCCUCAGUGCGGUUAUACGUAUUCAGUGCUGUUUUAGAAGAUUUAUGUACCGUAAAUGGUACCUGAAAACUUUGGAAAGGAGACAUAAAGCAGCUAAUCUCCUUCAAAAUUAUUGGAAAAGAUACAGACGAACCUGAUUAGUCCCUAAAGCAUGGAAAAUUAUGAAGCUUCGGCUAAAGACCCUUAUUCAGAAAUACAUGCGAGGUUAUAGGGAUUAUACCUGAGUCAGAAAACAACUUCAGAAAAGGAGAUUUGACAAUAACAUGAAAUAUUUUACGCGCAUGAAGACAAGCCUUCAAGAGGAUGCCCAGAAGAUGAUUAGAUUCUACUGGAACCUGAAGAAGAGAAGGGAUGAAAGAAAGAAAGUUAGGACCAAUAUUGACAUGCUAUCAGAUAAAUAUGAGAACUCUCCCACCUGAUUCGGGGAUAGUAAAGAUCUUGAGCUAAUGAAAAUAAAAUCUACAUUUCUGUCUGAGAAGUACAUGCGACCUCCUAGCCUAGAGAAGAAGAGAACUCAUGCUGGUGGAAGCAUCAGAGCAGUGAUAUCCCCAAUCAAAUUACCGAGUAAGAAAUCAACUUUGAAACCAAGAUAUCUCAUGUAAUAAGUUGUAAACGUUAGUUAGAGUUUACAGCUAGCUCAAGGUUGGCACUUCAAGAAAAAGGAGGAAAUUAGGAAAUCAAAAACAAGCUUUCAGUUUAAUUUAGACUCAUCUUAGUCCACUUCUAAUUUCUAUACUUCUCAUAAAAUUGUCAAAAUUA